AUGGAGUUUAACAUACCCAACCAAAGACAGCGGACUAUGUCAACAACAGGAGAAACUCUAUAUGAAAUUCUUGGUCUGCGGAAGGGAGCAUCUUGCGAAGAAAUUAAGAAAACUUACAGAAAAUUAGCCCUAAAGUACCAUCCAGACAAGAAUCCAGAUGACCCAUCUGCUGCUGAGAAGUUUAAAGAAAUCAACAACGCCCACACAAUCCUCACAGACUCGUCAAAGAGAAACAUAUAUGACAAGUACGGAUCGCUGGGACUCUAUGUGGCUGAGCAAUUUGGAGAUGAAAACGUUAACACAUACUUCAUGCUGUCAAGCUGGUGGGCAAAGACCCUGUUCAUCAUCAUCGGCCUCUUGACAGGCUGCUAUUUUUGUUGCUGCCUUUGCUGCUGCUGCAACUGUUGUUGUGGACAUUGUAGACCCAAAUCAUCGACAUCAGAAGAGAACUUCUACGUGUCACCAGAGGACCUUGAGGAACAGAUCAGGACUGACAUGGAAAAAGAUAUGGACUUUCCAGUUCUUCUCCAGCCUACAAAUGCAAAUGAGAAGACACAGCUAAUCAGUGAAGGAUCUCGAAGUUAUUUCACAGACUCUUGAUGUUGGGCCCAUGAAGGGUUCACAGCACCUCUUCUUGGUUCAGCCAUGUCUCUGGGUGGUUAAGGGGGAGGUGGGAACAUGAAAUGCUGUGAACAUAUUCACAUUUGUAUUUUAUUUUUAGGUUAAGGGGAAGAUGAUUGCUACAUAAUUUUCUCAGACUUUCUCUAUGAGUAGAAUUCCUAAUGAAAAGCAUUCAGUUUGGUGAAUAAAGGCCCAAAGCGUUGUUCGAUGCUGCUUGCAUGAGCUAAGACUGAGGCAGUGGACAGUCUUCAUGAGUCUGGUCUUAAGGUGAGCCAGACGUUAUUCCUCACAGACUAACAUAGAAGAAAAGACACUUUUCACCCACUUAACUAAACACAAUAGUCACACUUGCUACACGUGCCAUGAGAAAAACUCUCAGAGGAGUUGAAGAAUCUGUGUUUGUGGAGCUCUUCAUUGAUAUUUAAAAUGGUUGCAGAAACAUGAUCUAAAAGAGAAAUGGCAUUUAUCAAAAGCUGAUGAAUAAAAACAGGAACAGAUAGGGUUAGUAGCAUGCUUUUAGACCGGCCUUUAAAAUGACAAAAAUGCUCAACCUGAUUAAAUCUCAGAACUGAGAAUCAGUAUGAGCCUGACCUAGCCCCCAAAGUACAUUGACAUUUCCUUAAUAAAAUGGUCUGUGUAGAACCUGCCCUUAGAGUCAGAUAAGGAAGAAAGACAUAUAUGGAGUAAGGGAUGUGGCUCUGAUGUCUACACCAUUAAUUGUAAAGCAUAGAUAGCACCGAUUUUCAUAAAAUUUAUUAUACUGAACAGCUCUGCACGCUGGGCUCUGAAGCUUCAAAGUCACCUUUGUAUAUGCUUGUUUGAUUCCUUUAUCUCACCAUGCCGAAGGAACCACGUGCUAUUUCUAAAAUGGUAUAACAGCAAAGCGAUUUGUGGCUUUUUUCCUGAGCCCUUUUGGUUCUUUAUAUAAUAUUCAUUUUCAAGUUCUUGUUAUAUUUUUGUAUAACAUUGCAUAAAAUGCCAUCUUCUUUUCCUUUUGUUGCUUCUCCUCACCCCACCAAAUUAUAGUCAAUUGCUGCUAAAUAUAUAUCGUAAAUGAAAA